CCGAAGGAGUAAUGACUGCUGAUUCUACCGAAGGAACGGAGAUAGAACAAAUUGUUUGAAAUUAGGAGGAGUGGCGAAAAGAUAUAUAAAGAGGCUGACUUUACUGAGUCAAAUCAAGUCCUAUCUCUAUCACAAAACUAACCCAAGAUGAAGUCUUUUUCAACAACAUUAACGGCUCUGUGGACAUUGUCUGCUCUCGCAGCAUUCACACAAGCAUUGAAUAAUGGCAAAAGUAUAACUCCACAUAUGGGAUGGAAUACAUGGAACUAUCAUGGAUGUAACAUUUCAGAAGAUGUAGUUCUACAAGCAGCAAGACAAGUCAAAGCAAGCGGAUUACAGAGCAAAGGAUACAAUAUCAUUUGGAUCGAUGAUUGUUGGCAAGCAGAUCAAAGAAAUGCAACAACAGGAGAAAUUCCUGCCAAUCCAGAAAAAUUCCCAACAGGUUUGAAAUCCGUCACUGAUCAAUUACACAAUAUGGGUUUCGAAGCAGGAAUUUAUUCUUCCGCUGGUACGCUCACAUGUGGUGGAAAGAUAGCUUCUUUAGAUCAUGAAGAAGUUGAUGCUAAAUCAUGGGCAGAUGCUGGCUUUGAUGCUUUGAAAUACGAUAAUUGUCAUAAUCAAGGAAGAAUGGGAACACCUCAAAACAGUUUCAAUCGUUAUGUUGCAAUGAGUGAUGCGGUAAACAAGACUGGUCGUCCAAUGGUGAUGGGUUUGUGCAAUUGGGGUGAGGAUAGUCCAUGGUAUUUCGCUACUGAUACGUGGAAUUCAUGGCGUAUCAGCGGUGAUAUCUUUGACACAUUCAACAGAGAUGAUGAUCGUUGCCCAUGCACAUCAAUGACCGAUUGCAGAUUUGCUGGAUUCCAUUGCAGCGUUGAAAAGAUUAUCAACUUUGCCGCUCCUUUAGGUCAAAAAGCAGCAUCUGCUGCUUGGAACGAUUUGGAUAUGUUGGAAGUAGGAAAUGGUGGAAUGAACAAAGAAGAAGAAAUUACGCAUUUCAGCAUGUGGGCAAUGGUAAAGAGCCCUUUGAUCAUGGGAAAUGAUAUGGCAGCAUUAACGAAUCGUACUUUGGCAAUUCUUGGAAAUGAAGAUGUGAUUGCUUUGAAUCAAGAUUCCGCUCAUACGCCUGCCGUACGAAUUUGGACAAAAGGCAAACAACAAUUAUGGUUGACUUCUUUGGCCAAUGAAACUUAUGCUGUCUCUUUGACAAAUUUCGACGACAAACAAGUCACUUUGACGCCAACAUUCGAUGAAAUGUUUAUCGAUACACCUUCUGAAGCAGAAAAGAAAUUCCACAUUUACGACCUCUGGGCAAAUGUUAAUUUCGAAAAUGCAUCAAAGUCCAAGCCUGCAACCAAGAUGAGCGAAUCAGCAUACAGCAAGGCAUUACCCGAGUUGAAUGUACCAGCUCACGGCACAAGAUUAUUGAAGAUGGUUCCUGUAAAUGGAAGUAGUAGUGAUACAAGUAUGCAAGCACGAAAGGUAUCAUCAAUUGCCAAGAGAGAGCGACAAAGUAGAUACUAAUCAAAUCACACAAAAGAGAAGUAGGGGGGAUAAAAAGGGGAGACCGGCUGGCCCCAUUACCAUGAUUGCAUUAAAAAUUGUACAAAUACGAAAAAAAGACAUUAAAAGUGA